AUGAUCAUCAUUUAUAAAGUCUUAGAAAUGCAAAAUCUAUUAUAAAAAUAAAUACUCCUUUUAGACCAUAUUUUCUAUCAGUUACCUCUAGACAUUAAAAUAAAUAUGAGUAAGUGCAAAUAUUAUUUAUUUAUGAUUUAGAGGAAAAAAGAUAUUAAUAAAAACAAUUCUAUACUUAUAGAAAAGAUUGUUAAUAUUGACUUAAAAUAAGGAGAAUUAAAUAAGUAAAAAAUGAAAUAGAAAUAUAAAUUGAAUUCAAAUAGGUUAUACAUAAAAAGAAAUCAAUACAGAUUAAUAGAAAAUGAAAAUACCGUAAGUAUCAAUAAUCAUGAAAGAAACUUUUUGAAAAGAUUAAAUCAGCUAAAACUUAGUACAAUAAAAAAUUAUAGUUAAAAAAUAGUUCUGAAUUUGAAUAAUUUAGCAGAAAUAUUUCUUAAAACGCUCGUAUUAAAUUUUAAAAAUUCUUUUUAGGAAGACAUUCUAAUUCUAAUGUUUCAAAAUAAAUAUAAUCAAAGUUACUUGAAUAGAAAUCAAAAGAACUCAAAGCAAGAUCGUUUUCUAACUAAUAUUAGUAUUCAGAUGAAUAUAGCUGCACCCCUAAUAAUCUAAUAUUUUAAUUUUAAUUUUGA